AUGACAAACCUCACCACCUCCACCCCGGCCGCCCAACCCGCCGUCGCCAACGGCAAAGCCCCUGCUUCCACCACGACGACGGAGCACGACGACCUCCUCUUCCCCACGACCCUGAUCUCCCCGGAGGUGGUCAGCGUGCUGCCGGAGAACUACACGAUCCGGCCCGUGCGCCGCUCCGACUAUCAGCGCGGCUAUCUGGACGUGCUCCGUGUGCUCACCACCGUGGGCGACAUCACCGAGGCGCAGUGGAACCAGCGCUACGACUGGAUCUCCUCGCGCAACGACGAGUAUUACCUGCUGGUGAUCUGUGACGGCAGCGACCGCAUCGUCGGCACCGGCAGUCUGAUCGUCGAGCGCAAGUUCAUCCACUCGCUCGGCAUGGUCGGCCACAUCGAGGACAUCGCCGUCGACAAGGACCAGCAGGGUAAGAAGUUGGGAUUGCGGCUUAUCCAGGCGCUGGACUACGUCGCUGAGAAGGUUGGGUGUUAUAAGACUAUCCUCGAUUGCUCUGAGACUAAUGAGGGGUUCUAUCUUAAGUGUGGGUUCAAGCGGGCUGGGUUGGAGAUGGCGCAUUAUUACUAG